GAAGGUACAUAACAACAUAACCAUAUGUCAGCACAAUAUCAACAACACACAAUAAAAUUCCAAACAUGACCUCAGAUCGGGCCUCAUUAAACAAAUUGGAGAACCAUAUUGCACAUGAAGUGCAUGAAGUGCGUCGCUGCCCAUCCAUGACUCCUGGGGAGCGAGCGGCGCGAAAAGCAGCUCGUGAACUCUUUGCCUGCCUCUCGAACGGCGAGGAGCACGUCACGCCCCAGCAGCUGGAAAGAGAAAUGAGAUGCAUAUACAAUCUUCAACGGAAACGUCGCAGACUUGAGGACGCAAAAUUCGGUUCCAGCAGCGAGGGCGAGCCGGAAUGUGAGCUCCUGGGGAGCAUGGAAUCCAUUGGGCAUGCAAACGUGGAGCAUCAACGCUUAAUCUCCAAGGCAAACCUCGUGUCGGCUGCUUCCAACUACAGUGCCGGACGGAUGCCCACUUUGACACUGUCUGUGACGGAUCCCAGGUGCUUGGACCAUGUGCCCCGCUUCCAGCGCAUCUUUUCCCACCCGCUCAUAUUUCUCACCCUGUUUUACCAUCGCCUGGUGAACUGCAUCAUCUCGUUGCCCAGCCUAUUACCGGUGAGCGCGCGCCUAGGUCUCCUGAUAGCCCUCUCCUGGUGGAGCAGCUUCCAAUUGGUGCCGCUCAUCAGCUACUAUUUAAGCGUUGGCAUGAUGAUUUGGGCCACCUGUAAAAUGCUGAAGACCAAGCAACAGUUUGUCGACUUUCGAAUUUGGUCGGGACUGUUCCAGUGCUACGGCGACAACAACAUCGAUGCGGGCAUUGCGGAGAAGCGCUUCCUGCGGAACAACAUGAAGCCGUACGGGUAUUAUUUCGGCGCCUUCAUCUGCAACCAGAUUGUGUAUCCACUCGUGGCCGAUGGCUGGAUGCCCCACUCAGAGCUAACCAUAAUCUCCGGAGCCUUCACGCUACUCACCAUGGGCGUCAGCAUGUAUGCCUCGUCUGAUCUACUGCCCAACUGGGUGGUGGUUGUCUCCUUUGCCGUCAACGUCCUGGCCAAGUACCCCUAUGAGAUGGACAAGGUGGCUACAUCGCGCUUCGCGACCUUUGUCAUUGGCAACGGCAUUGAGUUCUGUCUGAGCUGCCGCACAGCCUUGUACCUCUUGAUACCGGUGCUCCUGGUGAUAAUGGCCAAACGUUCACGCUGGCACGCUGUCUACACGCAUCUUAUUCCACACUGCGUUACGCUCUGCUGGCUGCAAGUGUGCAUCGCCACCUGUCAGGGUGCCACCAUGUGCGGUGUGAUUCGCGGGACGCUUGUCCUCGCCGGAAUGGUUUUGUUCCUGCCAAAAUUCGGCAUGGUGGCGCUCUUCGUUCCAGUCUUUGUGGCCAUCAAAAGCCUUGGGUUGGCCAGCGAGCAGCUACAUUGGGGCGGCGUAGCCAUCGCCAGCAUGCUCACAAUGGUCGUCUCCUAUCUGCUGACCAUGAACCGUGCCACCCGGAAGUAUAUUACCAUUCUGCAGCUAAUCAUGGGUGUGACAAUGGUCUAUGCAUUGGUGUUGCCCUACAUGACGUCCAGUUUCAAGGACGACCCGCGCUUCAAUGACCUGCCACGUGUCGGUCUCGACUCUCUAUCGGACGCCGACUCACUGACCUGGGAUCGUUUCCAUUCCCUGUGCGCCCUACCCUUCCAAGAGGAGUCCAACAAGAUAGACUCUCAGCUGCGUUGCUUUCACCUCAAUGGCAUGCCCGUGACCUGGCAGGGCAAAGUCUCCAAGGUGGAAAUCGCCAAGGUAUCCAACAUGUUUGAAGAUCUCGUCGCCAAUUAUUUGCCCGCCUGGUUGGGCAGGGCGGUACGCUGCGCUCAUGGCGAGGACAUAUCGCAGAAUUUCCAGUGCAAUCGCAAGCUGGAUGACCAAUGCGAUGAGUGGCGGCGCGUGUUCAAAACAGUCAAUGCUCGCACCGGCAACUGCACGCUCCAGAAGUAUAACCGCUACGAGUACAAACUGCUGGUGAAGGUCGGCAGCGGCAGCAGCGGCAGCAGCGUUAGCCGACUGCUGGGACGCACGACAUCAGCUGAAGUGGUUCUAAAGGCCCAUCAUGACUUUGGGAACUUCACACGGCAGCUCAGCCAGGGGGAUAUUGUGUUGUUUUACGGCACACUCCAGCACACCCGGAUGCGAACCAAUGAUGUGCAAGUGCUGUUGAAGACCAUCGAGUGCCGGGACUGUAAAUCCCCAGAGCUGGGAACGGCGAGCAUUGGACGACUCAUUGGUGCCCCUCCGAUGGGUGCCCGCCUGCAGGAACUAAUGCGGGGCAUCAAGUAUCUGUUGAAUGCAUUGUUAAAUCCGUUAAUUAGGUUUAAGUAAUUUAAAUAAACAAAUAAAGAGGCAAAGGAUUUGAUUUUCCUAG